CCUGACAUGGCUUAAUAAUGAGCACAUGUGGCGCUUUCGUCACUACCGACAAACAUAUACCAUCACCAUCAUCGUAGAAUUAUAACAAAAAAAAAAAAUAUAUAUAAAAAUGUCACGUUAGAGAUUGUAAAAAAAAAAAAAAAAUAAAAAUGUGAUGGCAAUCUGGUGUAUGCGACAUUUAUGCGGGUUGUGAUUUUAAAUUUGCCGCGCACACAAACUAUUUCGUCGACAAAUAAAAUUUUAUUUGAAUUCGAAAUAAAAUAAAAAAGAUCAUUGAUAAGAUUAAAUAAUGAUUCGAAGAAUUUUCGGAACUUUUAUUUUCGAUUUUAAUCAUCGAAAUGUGACGGUAAUGACAGUUGUGUGUCGAGAAAAAUGGUCCAGGAGAUGAAGAUCUUAUCUUAGAGCAUUCAGAUUGAUUGAAAUCUGCUUUAAGUUUCAGUAAAUAUAUGUAUAGAUAUUGUGUAAAAUUUAAUAUGGAUCUCGACUAUGUUAGAUGGAUGAUUGUAAACGUGUUGUUGUGACAAGUUGAGUGUCAAUAAGCAUAAGAAAAAAUUUAAAAAAAAGUUUAAAAGCGUUAGAGUGAUUCAAGAUGCAUCUCACGUUAUCGUUUGUAUUUUUCAUGAGUUUACUGAUGCUGACAUAUUGUCUCGUCAAAGGUAAUGGCGUGCCUGACUUUGCGAACAAAGGAACGCCGACUAAAUUGGUGUGGGCUGAGGAAGAUGACGAUGUUGAACUACCUUGCGAUCUUACACCUCCAACGCCGAUGGAUUCUGUUAUUAUGGUACUUUGGUUCAAAGAUGACGUUGGUAUUCCUUUAUACAGCCUUGAUGCAAGAACUAAAGGAAUGAACGACGCCAUACAUUGGGCAGCAAGUGAUGAUUUAGGAAAUAGGACCCAUUUCUUUACUGGCAAUGGUCAUCAUGCAAGACUCAAAGUGAAAGCUGUUAAAUUUGAGGAUCAAGGAAUUUUUCGGUGUCGAGUUGAUUUUUCAAAUUCACCAACAAGAAAUUUUCGUGUUAACCUUACGUUAGUGGAGCAGCCGACACGGCCAAUAAUUUACGACGCGCAAGGACGUGAGGUUAUGGGCGUCCCUCGUUUCUUUGAAGGCUAUGAUCUCAGGCUUACUUGCCAAGUAUCUGGAGGCAGACCAAAACCUACAGUUACUUGGUGGAAAGAUGGGCAACUUCUUGAUGGAGUAGUUGAUGUACCGGAGAUAUCUGAAAUCUCUGGGACUUCAAGUAAAUUCACUGUAAAUCAUCUUUUUAUUGGAAAAGUUACACGAUCGUUAUGGGGUUCAAAAUUGGAAUGUAGAGCACAGUCAGGACCUAUGGACAAACCUAUUGUCAGAGAAGUGCCUCUCGAUAUUUAUUUGAAGCCUCUGGCGGUAAAAAUCCAUCUGCACGAUGAUCUGAUACUAGUUGGACAGCCAAUAGCAGCAAAAUGUGAGAGUUGGGGUAGUUGGCCAGCGGCGACCCUCACAUGGAGUCUCGGUGGACUGAAAUUCCGAGAUCCGGUUGUUGCAUCAACCCAACGAAGCAAUUCCACGCUUAGCAAACUCGCUCUUGUGCUAGAUCGUGAAGACGAUGGCAAAGAACUCAGCUGUACCGCAGUCAAUCACAAUUUUCCCGGUGGUGAACUCAAAGAGAGUCGGGUACUUCGUGUUGCAUAUGCCCCGAUUGUUGAUACCCAACUGGCUGUGGGCUAUACACUAGAAUCGCUCAGAGAAGGUGAUGACUUGAAAUUAGUCUGUCAUGUUCAGAGUAAUCCACCACCGACUGAAAUUAUUUGGUUUCAUAACGAUACACGUUUAGAACAUGACGUCGCAAGAGGAAUCUUGAUAGCUGCCAAUACUUUAACGUUGAGGAUCUUGACUCUUCAAUACUCUGGAGAGUAUUCAUGUUUUGCUAAAAAUAAUGUCGGAGAGUCAAGAAGUUUGCCGAUAUUUAUUUACAUGAAAUAUGCUCCGAGAUGUAAAGUUGGUUUUGAAUAUAAUAAUGUUGUUGCACUACUUGACGAAACUGUUAAGCUACGUUGUGAAGUUGAAGCAACUCCAAUUGAUGGAGUAAGAUUUUCCUGGACUUUUAAUGGAACAAAGGGAGAUGUAUUGCCCAUUCAAAAUUCUCGUCCGAGAAAUCAUGAACGUACAAGUACUUUGGAGUAUACACCCUUAAUUGAUAGUGAUUAUGGUACUCUCGGUUGCUGGGCUAGUAACAGCGUGGGAAGACAAAGAACACCGUGUAUUUUCAACAUCGUACCUGCCAAAGUACCACAAUCUCCAAUAGACUGUACUCUUCACAACGAGAGUAGUGCACUUGAAGUCAAUUGCAUUCCCGGCUCGGACGGUGGUUUACCUCAGCACUUCCUGCUGGAAGUACGUGGGUCCAUGGUAGAGACGCAAUUGCUCCAAACUUCACAGACUCUUCAAACGCCCCAAAGUGACCAAGGAAAGAUAGGUGAGGCUCCGCCUAUUUAUCGGACGGAAAAUUUACGGCCAACUUUUCAACUCAACGAUUUGGAGCCUGGUUAUGAUUAUACUUUAGCAGUUUAUGCUAUCAAUAAACACGGAAGAAGUCAACCGAAACUUUUUCGCAAUGUUCGUAUUUACGGGUCUGAUGCCGGAAGGAAUAUGGAAGUUUCCGGCGAAUUUGUUAUUGACAAUGUACAAAAUAUCAUUCCAAGAAGUAAUUUAGAAAAUUUUUUCAUCACUGUUGGCGUUAUUGGUGCUGCUGCUGCGAUUUUAAUUGGUAUUGGUAUUAUCAUCGGUGUAAUUAUCUGCCGCAAGCGUGUUCACACGCCUAGAGUUGAAUACAUAGAGGACCUUACAACUCCCACAUAUGUAUCAGCACAGAGAAUAGAGCCAAGAGUUAAGUACGGUUCUGAUCGUAGAAGGUCUCAGCGGACAAGUUUGUACAUGGAGGAAAGUAAGAAUGAUCCCGAUCUUCUGCCGCAGGUUGAAAUUGAUCUCCACAGAUAAUUACAUUAUUUAUUUAUGAAAUGUUUUUUUUUUGUAUAAAUAUUUGAAAUGUAAAUUAUUUUUUGAAAUGUACAAUUAGUAUUUUAUGUGUAAUUUAUAAAUUUUAUAGUGAAAUUAUUCUUAAGGACGUUCUCACCGAAAUUACUUUUCUUACAAUCUUCCUGAAAUUUUGAAUACACAUACUUUUAAAUAUCCUUUACGCGAAGAAAUUUCUCGAAAUAGCCCUUGCGGUACUAAAUUUGUAAUUUGGGACUAUUUAAAUUUGCAUAUUUAACAUGUGAACCCUAUCCCGAUCAGUGUUGUAGCACACGUUUUCUUGAAUAAAAAUAGAAAUUUUCUUACGAUUGUUUUAAAAAACUGAAAAUCAUUAAUUGAAGAUACAACGAAUAUGUUUAUGUAAAAAUAUGAAAAACAAGCGGUAUUUAUUUUGUUGUAAAAAAUGCUAAAAGUUAGCUACUCUUAACAGUUUUCGAAUUUUCUGUCGUUGCUUGAAUCGUAAGAGAUAGCGACUUGGCAACGUUACACUGGGCGGGAAGUUUGAAACCUGGAAUUUCACGUUGAGCUGUUUCAAGAAUUUCUCCUUGAUUUUUUUGCUUUUAGUCUCAGACAUACUUGUUAAGGCUUUCCUUAUUUUAGCACCAAUUUUUUUUUGAAUAAAUAUUUAUUUACAAUCACCAAUAUAAAAGUAACCUCUAAAAAUUUUUCAAAAUAUUUAAAUUCUGCGACCCGCGUCUCCGUGUAAGAAUAAACAGAGAAAAGAAAACCACGUUGCCAGAUCGGAGAAUCGACGCAAUAUGAAUAUUUUUGGACUUCUGCGCAUGUGAGGGCAAGCGAAAAAGUGCACUGUACCUCAACUUGUUUUCAUUAUAUUAAUAGUACUUAAAAUAGGGAGAAUCGUCUUUAAAAUUGAGCACGCCUGCUCGGUGGGAACAUCCUUAAGUAAAUUUUAUCAUUAGAAUUUAAUAUCAGUAGGAUGUAACUGAAAAAAAAGUAUGUAAUUAUUUAUCUUUGUUCAAAAUAUCAAAUGAACAAUAAUGUACAGUGUAUAUAGUAUGUGGAACUGAUAUCUAUUAGAAUCUCAAUUAAAUUGUAUUAUUAAUUAAGUUUAUUAUUUAUUUUUUGUAUGGAUAACUCGAUUCACUUUUAUAUAUAUUUUUUAUUUUAAAGAAUAUUAAUGAAUACAGUAAUAAACACUAUUGGCUUAUGAAAUUCAUUAUCGGGUAAUUGGGAUCAUAUGCUAAUUAUUUUUUAAAUGCGGAAAUUUAGUGAAACGUUAUUACAAACUUAAUGAAUCUCAGUUUCAUGGUAAUCAAAAUUUCCAGUGAACAUUUUCUCGAAUGGGAGGAAAAAAGUACACGGAAAAAAAAGUAUAGUAAAAAUUAUAAUACUAUAGUAAAAUUUACUAACAGAUAUAAAAAAAUACAUUCCGUAUUGUAAAUAUUACUAUACGUUUAGUAAAAUUUACUAGUUAGUAAUAAUUACAUAAUGAGAUAUUCAAAAUUACUAUGCGUACUGUAUUUUUUGCUAACACGAUUAUAUUUUUUACUAUUUGUACAGUAAAUUUUACUAUAAGUACUAUCAAUAAAUACUAAUUUAAGAAAGUAAAUUUUCUAAUACAAUAUAGGAUUCGUUACUAUACAAAAUAUUAAAAAUUACUAUACGCAAUGGAUUUUUUGCUAACACGAUUAUAUUUUUUUAAUAUCUGCAUAGUAAAUUCUACUUUGUAUAGAUAAAAUUAAAAGUUGGUGGGGAUAGAAUAUACAAAUAUGUAUUACAAGUUCUGAAAAUUUUGUCCAAAGGAGACAUCGGACCGUCAGACACAGGAAAGGACUCGCACGCGGGAGAUCAGGGUUCGAAUCUCGGUUAAAACAAGUGAUUUUUUAAAAAACAAAAUCGACACCAACACCAAUACUGAUGACAUGAAUAACAAUGAUUAUCAAAAUGAUAGUAAUAAUAAUAAAAAGUAAAAGCUGAUAAAAAUUCAAUUUUAUUUUUUUCCAUUCUAAUAUAGUAAAAUUUACUAAACGGCACAGUAAAAAUUACUAAACCGGAUAGUAAAAUUUACUAAAUAUAACUAAAAAUUAAUAUGCAAUAUAGGAGAUUUUCCAUAACCAGUAUAUGAGAAAUCACUAAACGACUUGUAAAAUAUGCUCAUCUGUUUAUUAAUUUUUCAUAUAAAUCAUAAGCGUUUCAAAAUUAUUAUCCAAAUUUAGUAAUUAUUCUCAUAUUUUUUAUUAAAAUUUACUAUAUUUUUUUCUUCAUGCAGUGAUUUAUCUGUAGUAUUAUAAAAAUUAUUAAAAUUAAAAAUAUAAAUAUUUCACAAUAGCAUAUGAUC